AACACGAAUCAUACAUAUAGAAAUGGCGGGAGAUCCAGCAUGACUGACGAAUCAUACAAAGUCGUUUCAACUGCAGACGAAGCGGAACAUGAUAUAUACGCUCAUGAAGUUAGAACAAACACAAACUUCACAAUUUACCGAAGAAAUAAGGGGUUUUCUUCGACUGACACAAUUGACUACAAAGCACAUAAGAUUUGGUGGGAAGAUGGAAAAGCUGAUGACAGAUGUAAAAUAGAUACCAAUGGCUGUCCUUACAUUAUUCUGGGAUAUGAUGUUAGAGAAUGUCAGCAUGGUCCUGACCGAAACAUCAAAAAGAAGAUCCAAUAUAAAGCAGAAAAAGAAGAAAAGUCGAAAACUGACCCUAGCUAUGUUAUGAAAGGCAGGACUCUGAUUCAAAACACUAAAAAGAUGAUAUGUCCUGCUAGGAUAACCCAGAGACGCAUUAUUAAAUUUCCAGGAUACAGGUUAGAAAAUAGUUCAAGUAAAUGGAGAAGGAAGCAGACUGCAAAAACUCUUCGCAAAGCUUUGGAUGAGUCAUCUGUAGAUGUUGUGAAAGAAGAAGAAAUCCACAUGUAUUAUCCAACUGCAGAUGACCAUAAAAACCAUACAAUAGGAGAGGUUGCUGGACUUUGUCAACCAGUUGGACCAGAAGUUAAGGCAAAAAUUAGACAACUGGUUGGAGAUGGGGUGACAAAAGUGUCAGAGAUGAAGCGACAUUUAAAAGUCUUUGUUAAAAAAGAACUAGAAAUUGAGGACCAGACCAUACCUAGCCGUCGGUUUUAUCCAACGGACAAAGACAUCAGGAACCAUAUGGAUACAACAAAAAACAAAUUCAGAUUUUCCAAAGAUGAUCAGACUAAUCUUGAACAUUUAGUUCAAGGAUGGACAAAGACAUUUCCAGAUGAUAAUUUUUUUUUAAGAACAUGCUUACAUGGACCAGAGGAUAGAACAUCUGAUGAAAAGUUUGUAUUUGUUCACCAGAGCAGAUGGCAAAAAAGACUGUUGAAUUUAUAUGGCAAAGAAAUUUGUUUUCUUGAUGCAACAUACAAUAGAUCAAAGUAUGAUUUGCCACUGUUUUUCAUUUGUGUAAACACCAAUGUAGGUUAUAUAAAUGUUGCAACAUUCAUAACAGCAGAUGAACUUGCAGAAUCUAUCAAAGAAGCACUACAAAAAAUCAUGCAGUGGAAUGAAGACUGGAACCCUCCUUAUUUUAUGACUGAUAAUGAUUCCUGUGAAAUAUCAGCUAUAGAAGAAUCAUUACCAGUGUAUGCAAAUGAAUUAACUGGUGUGGAGAUUGAUGAAAUACAAGUUCUAGAACGAGUUAAGGGGAUAUGGGAUCAGGAGGAAGAAACUGGUUAUAUAGUUGCUAAAGUUUUCAACAUCAAUAUAACAGAUGGUGAUAUUAGAUCCCUUAGAGAUAAACACUGGCUUACAGAUCAGGUCAUGGAUGCUUACCUAGGAUGCCUUGCCAACUGGGAAAAUGACCAGCAUAGAAAAGUAUUUCGAAUUCCAACAGCUGCAAUGACCAAAAUACUGAGCGGAGAGUGUUCCAUUAACACAACUUUACAAAAUGUACAUCUGAUGGAUUAUGACAUUCUCCUUGGUGCUUACUAUCAAGAUGGAGCUCACUGGGAUCUUAUGAUAAUUGAACCUAUGACUGGGAGCCUAUACUUUUAUAAUCCCUUGGGGGAAAGCGCAGGUCAAAAGAAUAAUAUUCUGCUGAACUGGAGAAUGUUUAUAGAGAGAAGAAUCAUGAUUGGAUUAGAGAUAGAUAAAAACAUGGCUUGGAAUACGAUUCCCAAACAACAUUCUAAACAACAUGAUGGAAGUAGUUGUGGUGUUUAUGUCUUAACGUUUGCAGAACGACAUUUAAGAAAUGAACAACUAACUGAUAUUGGUCAAUAUGAAAUCAAGUUGGGUAGGAAAAGAAUAGCCAAUAAACUUUUAUGGUUUGAAGUUUAUCUAUGUGAUUGCUGUCCUGUCUGUGGAUUCAUGAUUCAGGAUGAUCAAGAAAUGGAAAAAUGUAGGCUGUGCAAAAGAAGUUUCCAUAAGACACCAUUUUGCAUGGGAGACCAACACCAUUUACAAGCAGAUAGAUUUGAAUGCAGACAAUGCCUUGUCAAUACCUGGACAAAGGAAAAUAGCUGCCAAAAUGCCUUGAAAAGUGGAAAACGAAAAUCGGAACAGAAUCUGACAGCAGAAGUCACAAUGGAUAAAAUUAGUAAACAAGACCAGAAAUCACCAAUUGAAGUAUGUUUAGAUAUUCUUCAAAGUAAUGGUUUCCAUGAAGAUGCAUGCACUACCUUCAUUCACAACUUAUCAUGCAUUGAUUGGCACAUAAGCUGGGAAUCUAUUGUUGAAAUAUUUGCCAAAGUGAGGACAUGUGUACCAGAUGUUGCUGACAACAUUAUCACCUGCUCAAAAUCUAGAUCUCUAGGUCAUUUUGGAGAUGGAUAUAUAGACUACAUUCCCUUGAAGUUUAAAAGGGAUCACAUUUUUCCUGCAGACAUGGAAGGAAGUGGCACAUGGACCUUAUUUAGAUCUGUGUCCAUUUUGUUUUAUGGUGAUGAAUCACAUAUGCAAUUUGCAAGGCUUCUUACCAUCUGUAAUGAAAUUAUAGAAAUAGGAAAGGGCUGUGAUUCAGAUGACCACCAAAAGGAUCUAAUCCUGGAGGAGAUGAAAAAAGAAUUUGACUCCCCUUGUUGUGACAUGGAAGAUGAAUUGGCUUUAUAUCACCUGAUGCGUAUACCAAAUGCACUUAAUCUGAAUAUACAAAUACUCAAAGAAGGAGCAUCUGUUUAUUAUGAAGGGCAAAAUGGCAAAAGAUCAAUAAGCAUUUUGGCUCUUCAAAAAGUAGGAGAUCUAUGUUUAUCCUUUCUCCCUUUCAUGGAAGGAAUUUUCCUGAAUGACAGAAAGAUAUCCGACCAUAAAGAUAAAUGUGGUGCAGGAGUAUUUUGUCAGGGAAAUUCACUAUAUAAAAAGUGCUUAAAAUGUUUCCAGACAUAUCAUUCAAGUUGUAUUAUAUCUCAUGAGGAAGCAUUUGUAUGUGGAUGUCAUAUCCGACGACCAUAUCAUCCAAAAGACCUCAAUAUAUACAAGGAUGAAGUGAGGUUCAUUGAAACUCUGGAUAUGGUAGAUAUAAAGAAAUUAUGUAACAAGAUUAGAAGAACAGAGUUGCCUUCUUUUCGUUGGAAUGUUUUCAGACAGUUCAAUUCUAAGAAAAGAAAAGAUGUGAAAACGUUGAACUGCCUUCAAUUCAUUCCUUCUGAAAAUAUAUAUAUUGAACUGAGGAAUAAGAUCAGCAGUAAAGGGGCUGUAAAAGAAAAUGAUGAGAAGCUACUUGAUGUCUUUUUACCAGAGGUGAUGGUAAGCUUUGUUAUGAUGGUGGAAGGUCUGAACAGAUUUCAGUCUGAGCUGUUCUUGCGUACAGAUAUUCACAAAUUGAUACAACCUAGUAGUGAAUGAGUUUACACAAGAUAUUUGAAGAAAACAAAUAAGUCGAUUUAUUAUUGAUGAUUUACCAAUGUUUUCAUAUAUAGAUAAAAUAUUGUGAGAUGAAAGAUAUUGUAGUAAAUUGAGCGUUAAUUUUGCUUGUAUAAACAUGGUUGUCCUUACCGAAGUGUGAAUUAUGUGCUUUGUCUUAAGCUUGUCAAUAUUAUUAACAAUAGUGUCUUGAAAACCUAUGUUAUAUCUUUUUGACUUUUGGUAGUUCAAAGUAAGUCAGCAUCAACAUGAUCAAGCUAUUAAAAUGUUGGGGUAACUAUGAAUUUAUGGUGCACAACAUGUGUAUUGAAAAACUUACAAUUACUUCUAGGGCGAGUUAGGGAGAAGUCCAAAAAAUAAGUGUAAUUCCAGAUAAGUUCUAAGAUUACACAACUUUUUCAUCCAGUUGAAACUAUCUAGGCCCCUGUUAAAACAUUGCACCAUGAAUGAUACUUUUAAAUGAGACCUGUUUAAACUACCGUAAAAAUUUAAACAAACAAUUUUUACUUCAAUUUUAAUUUCGAAAAAGUGGAUCAUACUUUAUCAAUGUUUCUUACUGAUAUUUGCUUUCUAAAGUUUUUCCUCUCUCAGCUCACUACUGCUGAUGACCUUUAUUUUCGGAGGCCUGACCCAAACAGGAAGUUGUAUAAAUGACUGUUUUCCCCGGAUUGGAGUAAAUAGGGUUAAUGUGUAUAUUUUGCUUUCAUUAAGUGAUGUUUAUAUGAUUGUCCAAAACUUAAUGCUAAGUUUCAUACUUCUUCAAAAUAAUAUGGUUAAAUAUAUGUUGGAAAUAUUUUGUCUGCAAUUUUAUUACUUUUGCUGAUCCAGGUAUAAGAGUGAAGUUAAUGAAAUUAUGAACCUGAAAAACUUUUAUUUUACUAAAUGGUGAAUAAGAGAGAUGUCUAAAUAAUUAUUUAUGCAAACCAAAUUCAUUGUUUACAAAACAAUAUUUAAGAUAGUAUUUCAAACGUUUGAUUGGUCUAAAUGUUUGCUAUUUUGUAAUACAAAAGACUUUCUACCGCCCAGACCAUUGGUGUCAAAAAGUAUUUUUAGCCAAAAAAGUCAUAUACAACAUUUUCGAAGCCCAGCAACGAUAUAAUAGCCUUUCAAGAUGUCAUAAUUAUUUGGACUAAAUUACACAGUACUUUCCAAAAAUGAUUUGAAAUCAAUGUGGUUGUUGUCAGGAUGAACGCUGAGCGUAUAAUGUCAGACAAGAUAAAUGUUAUCCAUCAUUGUCCAUAAGCCAAAGAUUGAUAAAAAAAAAUUAAGCUUGAACAUGUUGAAGUUGAAAUUCUAAAACAAUAACAAAUCUGCUGAUUCAUAUCGUAUUACUAUCAUUCUUACCACUUAUAUUCGGAAUUGUUACAGUGUCCAAAACAAAAUUAAUAAAACCCUUGCAAUAUUUCAUUUUCAAUAUUUUGUUCAAAGAAACCUAUGUUUACUGCACUGUGACAAAAUUUAAAAUGAUGUAAUGCAGCCUGUGACGUCAAGUGUGAUUCGCUGUAAUUCGAAGCGAUAUAGUUUGUUUGUUAUUUGCUUUUUUAUUGUAAAUAUUUUUAUUUUUUGGUAAUUACCGAUAAACAGAAUAAAGGACUUUUUGUAUUUGAUACUGACUUUAUCACUGUAAAAUAUCAGGCUCGCCCUUCAGGCUCACCUGAUAUUUCACAGUGAUAAAGUCAGUAUCAAAAACAAAAAACAUUUAUUGGCUCAUGCUUUGCAACAUUAUACACUAUUUUGGUUAUACUGUUGAGUUACUUUAGUAUAUACAUUUCAAUGAAUACAAAUUUUGAUUAUUUGGAAGAAUGAAAUAAAGUGACCUUGGACCUGUGUAUGCAAAAAAUUGAAUGCUCUAAUUGAAAAAGAUAAUUAAGUUUAAAAUAGAAUUUAAAACAUAUAACACUUAGAAAAAAUAAUGUGCAAAGCCCAUUAGGAAUGAUAAAUAAAAAAAAAACAGAAACACCCGUGUCAAAUUGGGUACAAAUCAUGCAAUGGAACAAAGUAUUUUGUAAUCAUGAUACAAAUUAUGGACCACAUGGUGUAUAUAUAUAUAUGACCAGUAUGUAUUAUUAUGUUGAUGCAGUAUAUUAACAAUUAGUAAAUUUUAUGAUUCUGAAGUACAGUGUUUAUUUUUAGACUUGACAAUCGAAUGAUGUAAAUGUUUUCUAUUUGUGUUCAUUGUUAAAUUUUGGCCAGGUAACCAUCUGUUACUUCUAUUUUAUUUCACUUGUUAAAACCUUAUGUAUCAAUGUUGAUCCGUGUUCAUUGUUUUUGUUGAGCCUGCGACUUUUGUGAUCCUUCAUUUUGUCGGUGGUUGCUGUGUCCACAAAUAUUCACUUUGUGGUUAAAGAUUUUAAAAUUUCAAUAACUUUUCUAGCACUUUUCAUUGCACUUUACAAUGUCUAUUGUACCUGUUCCAUUUCACAUAAUAUCUUUCUUUUCUUCUGUAGGAUAGCAAAUGGUUUAAAUAUAAGCCUGUUGAGAAUAAAUUCCAUGCAAGUUUUUCCCUAAAAAGGCAAAAAUCUUUGUAUCAGACUGUGGUAAAGUGUUAUUUUAGGAUAUAUGUAUUUUAUAUAUAAGUAAUACUGUAGUAUUAUAUUAUUGCAUGGUUAAACUAUACGGAGUGUAUAUUUCAGGUUCGCUCAGGUGUGACUUUUAUCAGGUGUUUCAAUAGUGUUUUAUUGGUAUUGAUUAGUGGUCAAUUCUUUGGCGGGAACUUUACAUUUCUACAUGGUCACUUUGUGUAAUGGACACCAUUUUCAUUGUCUAGUAAAUUGUAAUAUUAUAUUCUAUUUGGAGUUUGGUUUUCCUAUUUAUAAGGUAUAUUCCAUAUUGAUGACCCACCAUGUCGGCAUCAACCUGAUGUGAUCGUACUUUAAUUGUAUUCAAGCCUUCACAAAUACCUGUGAGGGUAUUUAUUUUGGAUUACAAUAUAGAACGAAAUAAAGAAUCCAUAACUUUA